UUGGUGGUGGUGGGGGGUGGUUGAGGAAACUGCUUGGAAAUAAGGUGACGCCUACGUGACUCACUGACUGGACGUGACAAGCAGAGAUAAAGGCCAGAGAGAGAAGGAGAAGGUCCAGAAACACUUCAGCUGUACUUCUGUCUGAUGUUGUUUGCAGUAACGGCUGUGGAUCUGGAGCUCUCAUCUUUAACUAGGUUCUUUAUCACAAUGAAAUGGCAACUGCUUUGAAGAUUUUGUUUUAUUUUAGGCCAUAAAUCUGCUCAGUGAGUGAACUGCACUGCACCUUAACCUCUGAGAAAGUGAACGCAGAGUGGAGCAGCUCUGGCUCGACUCUGUUGUUUGUCUCACCUUUGGAAAGGUGGUGUUGUUAUUCUUGCUGUGGUGGCACCCCUGCUGCAUGAGUUCAGAGGAAAUGGUGUGCUGUUGCUGUGGUCAUGGACAAAUUCCUCUCUCUGUUCUGUGUCUACAUCAGCAGGUGUUAUGGAUCUACAGUAUUUCCUGUGCGGGAGAGUUGCUCUGCUGCUUCUUUUGAUGCCAUGUAGGCUCCAGUGUAUGUCAGUGCACAUCCUCAAUGAGGAGCCCGUGCAUGUAAUCCCUGACUUCAGGCUGGUUCUGAAAGCCCAGAUCGAGCAUGGACCACUUGAACAGGUCUCCAUGGUAACCUGGGAAAGAGAGCCCGAAACUGGAAUCUCUCCCGUGAGAGUGACACUGGCCACAUGCCCAGGCGAAAGCUUCAAGUGUGCUGGUAUGAGGCCAAAAGUCAGUGCGAACGUGGAGCAGCAGGAGGCAACACUUGAGAUUAAUGGAUACAGCAGAGCGGACAGCGGUGUGUACGCUGUGACUGUGACGGAUCACACAGGAGCCAAGACCACUGCACACUGCAUUGUCAGGGAAUAUGAGGCGGUGCACCAUGUCUCUGUCAGCAUCAAUGUGUCUCAUUCCUUGCUGGUUUGCGGCGAGGCCUGGGGGACGGACCCUCACUUCAGCUGGCUUCACGAGAGGGUCGCCAUCACCAAGACUGUGGGAAACGUCUCCAAAGAUGGAACGACGCUGUUUGUGACCAAGAAACCUAUUUGUGGCCACUUCACCUGUAUGGUUAGCAACAAACUGGGCUACAGUUCUGCCACAUAUACUGCAGCACCUUGUGAGACAGAGGGCAGAGGGACAACGGCGGCCGUGGUGUGUCUCGUCCUCCUGCUGCUGCUUGGAGGAGUACUGGCAUUUCUGCUGUGGUGGAGACACAGGCACAAUAACAGUGGAGAGAUUCUGCACCAACCUUUGAAUGACCCCAUCUAAAAACUCAGAGGUCUAAAAAGGGGAGAGCAGGGAAUGGACUGGACUGUGAGGGAGGAUCUUCCUGUCCUGUGAGCAGUGUGACCUUACACAGCAGUGGAACAAUGUGAAGAGUGAACUGCUCGUCGGCAAAAAGAAAAAUAUCUAAAAAUGGAUAUUGAGCCUGAGAUACCAGCAGAGUCUUUACACUGCCUCCUGCUGGGCUGCAACUGACACUGUGUAUUUAAUAGCAUAGGCAUAGGUAAUGAUCAUUUUUGUAAGCUUGUAUUGACUCUACAUUGUAUUUAAAUGUAUUGUAUUUCUUUUAUAAUAAAAUCCCUUUACAGAAUGUGA